AUGGAAAUAUUACGCAGUUUUUUUACAUACAAAGAUAAGUAUGACCUGUCAUUUAUUAGACCUGAUGUUGAAAAUGAACCAUCUUAUUUGAAUCGUAUAUUCCCUUUGGAAUGCCGUUAUAUUUCAAAUCGUCAACUUAAACAACAAUUUAUUCAACAAAUGACUCCAAUCACGGAAAACAAGUUCAUUUCACUGAAAGAUCAGCUUCAAUUUCCAAUAAAGCGUGCUAACUACUUCAAUCUUGCAGUGAGUUAUAACCUUAAUGCUACUGAAAAUGUAAUUGCACUUGUCCCAAUCAUAAGAGAAUCUGAUAGAGAAACUAUUGGCUAUUUUAAAUGUUAUUUAAAUUUUCCGAAAUUCAAAUCUCUAAAAAUUUUACUGAUGCGUUUAACUUUCAUGGAUGCUGAAGGUGACAUAAAAUUUUCAAUUACACGAUUUGAAUAUAUUGAUCUUCCAGACAAUAUUAAUUUAGAAACAAUACAUUAUAUAGAUGACUAUCCGAGGGGUUAUGAUAUCGGCGUUAGCAAAAUAAGUUAUUUCUAUUUCUAUACAGAAGAAUCACUGAAAAAGGCAUUCCCUUUCUAUUUAGGAAUUUUUUCACUAAAUGAAGACAACCAAAUAUUUUGUUAUGAAAUAUAUCACACAUUUUUCUUCAACAUUCCUAUAUUUAGAAGAUUUGAUAUUAAAAAAAGAAUUCAUUCGCAACAAAAGAAAUCUUCUAAGAAAGUUCUCAUGCCAGCUAAAACACACACUGGCUACUCUCAGCUAAAAUGA